CUGGAUAUUUCUUUCUUGAUUCGCAAGACACAACAUCAUCCCCUAACAUUCUUUUCUUGGCUCCCAAGGUUUCAAUCGGGAAACCUGUCGGUGAAUGUAUCAAUCACGUGAACCACACGUGCUAUCCAAUGUGGUUUACUACGCAUGCCUAGGCAGUGUGAAUUAAAGAAGCAUUGCGGACUUUUUGGAUCUUCGUUAAUGUGGUUUCCCCGUUUUGAAGCGUGUUGCUGACCCUACUUGCGCAAUAUAUGACGCAGCAAUCACACAAGAGGCAUGCUUAGUGAUAUUCCGUAACCGGCGUUCAUACAUAUUCUAUCGAGGGCAUCAUUCCAAUCCCUGGGUGCGACUGUCUCCAGGAUCCUAAAAGCACGUUUUUCAUGGUCCCCCAAACCCAGCUUUGAAGUGUGCAGCGUUCUUUGGCUCGAAUCCUCAGAUACACACAAUGACUCCAACCGCCGUAACCAAACAGUCCGUCCGCCCGGACCUAGUAACACUCUUCCAAACCAUCGAGUCCCAAUUCUCGAAAACCUACCUAGGGCAAGAACGAUGGUACCUGCUCGUCCUCGCCGCCCUCGUCGGCGGCACAGAGCCCGAACUAGCAGACCAACUCUACCUCCACCUCAUCUCGCAACCGGCCUACCAAACAUCCAGUUCGCGACAAGCGCUAGUCCGCCGCCUGCGCGAAGCACUCGUAAAACUAAUCUCCAUCAUCGGCGUCUGCAAACCCAUUGAAGCCAUCCUAGCCAUUGCCAAGGUCGAGCGCCCCGAGGAUCGCGACUACAGUUUUAGUCGUGAGAACUGGAAGAACGACGACAAGAAUCACGAGCAGGGGAUGCAGUGGAUGCAGAAGAUCUACACGGGGAACCUCGAGAGUACGCUCCAGUUGUUCGACGCGCAUCGGGAUUUUGCGUGGAUUUCUACGGAGAUCACGUAUGGGCUUUAUUUAUCGGAUCGGCAGGCGUUGGAUGAUUGGGAUACGGAGAUUGUGGUGUUGGUGGGGAUCAUGAUUCAGAAUCUGAGGUUGGAGACGCAUUGGCAUAUUAGGGGGGCGAGGCGGAUCGGGAUGGAGAUGCGGGACGUGAAGGUUCUGGUGGGGUGUGUGAGGGAAGUGGCGCGUUUUAUGGGGGUCAAGUUGGAUAGAGUGCCUGAGGUGGAGGAGGUGGAGGAUGAUGUGUAGGAUUUGGGUGGUAGAGGGGUUGUUACUGGGAAUUGCGCCGUAAGAGAGGACGAAGGGGAUACUGGAAGCCCUUUUUAGGGCCAGAGCCAUGCAUCUGCUAGAAUAGCGAGCAUUCGAGCAUUGAAUCUCAGCGAUCUCUAUAAGAACACGGGCAGAGCACAGGUCGGCGCCGUUGACAAGUCGUAUUAUCCACCAGCCAGUACA